AUCUGGCCUGACAAACAUCGGCGGCCAACUCCUUCGCAGGCAAAGCCAGAUCGGCUCGUGUGCCACGCGGGCGUGGCAUUUGCGUGUUGUUUCGGCGGAAGUCAUGAACUAGUCGUCCAAUGUGGGUCGUCUCUCAUGGACUCCAGCUAUCAUCUGCUCAGGUUCGUUCUUUCGUUUCUUUCCACCAAAACCCUGAGCGACUUGUGUAUCUAGGGAACUGCGGCAGACUCUCGCAAUGGCGGGACGAAGCUCGUCGCUACGGCGAGAACCCUUGCAGAGCAUACAACUAAAGAACAGCAGCAAGAGCGGCGACGACGACGAACAUGGCUCUCCCAUCUACGACGAAUAUGACCUCUCCGAUUCAAGAUGGGGCAAUACCAUCUCAGACGACCAGGACAUGCACCGGCUGGGCAAGAAGCAAGAAUUUAAGAGAAACUUCAGCUUCCUUUCCGCUCUCGGCUUUGUGUCAGUGUACAUGGCCUCAUGGGAAUUCGUCUUAGUUUCGCUUGCAGUUGGCUUCACAAAUGGAGGUUACGCCGGGCUCUUCUGGUGCUACCUGACAACCGUCACUUGUUACGCCAGCAUUGUGGUCAGCUUGGCAGAGAUGGAGAGCAUGGCUCCUACAGCUGGAGGUCAAUACCAUUGGGUGAGCGAGUUCGCACCUCCACAAUACCAACGAGUACUCUCGUACGCAUCUGGCUGGAUGAGUACCCUCGGAUGGCUGGCUAGCGUUGCCUCAAGCACCUUCGUGGUGACAACGCAAAUCGAAGCCAUGAUCAAUGUCACGAACCCGGAAUACGCAUUCGAGCGAUGGCAGUAUACGCUCAUCAUGAUCGCGUUCACGGCGAUAACGAUCGUGUUCAACACCUGGGGCGCGCCCUUCUUACCCGGCCUGGAAACAAUCUGCCUUUUCGGCCAUCUCUUCGGUUUCCUCGUUGUCAUGAUACCACUCGUGGUGCUGUGUCCAAAGAACUCCGCUUACGAAGUUUUCCUCGACUUCCAGGAUAGCUCCGGAUGGAACAACAUGGGUACUGCCUUUCUGAUCUCCCAAGUAUACGUGAUGUACUGCAACCUCGGAUCUGAUUCAGUGGUACAUAUCAGCGAGGAAGUGGAGAACGCUUCUCUGACUGUUCCGCGGGUCAUGAUCUGGUCCUACGUCGGCAACGUGGUGCUCGGAAUUGGCAUGCUUGUUACCAUGCUGUUCUGCUUGGGACCUCUUGAUGGCGUUCUGGAAGCAAAUAUCCCAUACCUGCUGUUGUUCAACAACACAGGCAGCCAAGGAUUGUCAAUUGCGCUAAACGUCAUCCUCUUUCUGCUCAUCUAUAUGGGCAACAUCACAGCUCUCGCUACAUGCGCACGCGAGGUCUUUGCGUUUGCGCGCGACAAAGGUCUGCCGUUUUCCAGCUACCAGAGUAAGAUGGACCCGAAGUGGAACGUACCAUUCAACGCAGUGUACGUGACCUCCUUCAUCGUGGUCCUGCUCAGCUUGAUUGUCCUCGGAUCCGAACUGGCCUUCAACAUCAUCGUGUCGCUCUCCCUGCUGGGUCUGCUCAGCACCUACAUGAUCAGCAUCGGUUGCGUGCUCUGGAAGCGCAUCACGAACCAACCACUGCCACCGGCUCGAUGGUCUCUCGGACGCUACGGCCUGGCGAUCAAUGCUUUCGCCUUCUUCUAUUCCUUCUUCAUAAUUGUCUUCUCCUGCUUCCCAACCAAUUUGCCAAUUGACUUGUCAACUGCAAAUUGGGCGCCUCUGGUCUGGGUUGGAGUCGGAAUCUUAUCCGUAAUAUUUUACGUCUCGUAUGGAACGAAACACUACACAGCACCAGUCGACUUUGUCGAGGGAAGAAGAGCGGAGGGCGCAGGACUUCAGACGAGUUGAUGUGUUAAUGGCAUACACGAUCAGACAGAACAGGCAUUUGCAGCAGAGGGUCUGCUCGAAGAUCCGCCAGUAUUGCGCCAGCCACAGUGAAAAUGGCUUGCGGUAAGCAUGAUAGACCACACGCACAAGAACGAAAUAAUUGCAACUCCAGCUCCGGCCUUAUACACUUUGAGAUAUUAUACUCAUGACUACUUACUAUCAUCAGUACCAGCCGUAACAAGCUCGGCGAAAAUCGAUACUCGAGGCUGGAUGGUAGUGAACAGAGCAGGAGUGAAUGGAUCGACAGUGAAUGAAACAUUCAGCUGUGCCUCAACUUCUUCACCCAGCAUUUGCUUGCUUCACUGUCCAUCUCACCGGUAUCAACUCAGACUUCACCACUUGCC